UCAUUGUUUUGAAAGUAGUUUUUUAUAUUUUAGCUGCUGUCCACAAUGGGUUCUGAGUUGGCCCAGGCGACUGUGUCUGGAUUGCAGCCGAUCCAUCUGGCAGUGCUUAGUGAACACAUUCCCUCUCUGGACAUGCUGAUUGAUCUUGAUGUGGACAUAGACGCCAAGACUCCACAGGCCAACACUCCACUACACCUCGCGGCCGAAAGGGGUCUGUUGAGUAGUGUCAAGUGGCUUAUAGAUCAAGGAGCGGUGCUCAACUUCCGCAAUGGACAAAGGAAGAACCCGAUGGACCUAGCCAUAGAGAAGGGCCACACAUCCAUAGCCAACCUCAUCCAGGCUUGUGUGAGCAAACUGAAGAAUGGCGAAGACGUGACAGAGAUACUCAAACAGUAUCCUCAAAGUUCCUCAUAGUUCAGAGUGGAAAAAAUAAGUAUCCUCAAACAGUUCCUCAUAGUUCAGAGUGGAAAAAAUAAGUAUCCUCAAACAGUUCCUCAUAGUUCAGAGUGGAAAAAAUAAAAUUUUAAGCACCGGUGAAGCGCUCUCAUUUUUUGAUUCGAACAGAAUUUGAACAAAAAAUUAAUCUCAUCAGUUGGUUAUGAAAUAAAAGAAAAGCGAUCAUGGCGCUAUUUUUGAAGCAAAUUAGGCUAUUCAUUUUUUAGAGACCAGAAACAUAUAACAUUCUCGGUAAUUUUCGAGUUUUACAUCAAGUUAUGUCAAAGAUGCACGCUGAAUUGAUGCAAGCUGAAUGCUAGUUCUGGUCUUAGAAAACGAAGCUACCUCGCCUCUGUGUCUGUGCUAAUUUCCCGCUGGAAUCGGGCGUAAAUAUAUGCAUGAAAUUUUGCCAGUUUAAAGCACUUCUCUCCAAUUUAAAAACAAAAAAUUUUCUCAUCUCAGUCAAUAAAUUUUUGGAAGUUCAAAGAGAAAUGUUUUAUAUUUUCAGCAAAAAAAUUGUUGCAGAUUAAAUUGGUGGUCUAUUUCAGAUUCUUUAAUUAGUAGCCGGUUAUACAUAACUGCAUCUGUACAAAGUCAUGUUGAUAUUGUAAAAAUUUAUGUGGUAGUUAGCCCUUGAGCACUUGAUGUUAAUGUUAGCCACAUUUUGAAAAUGAAUAUUUACACUAA